CAACUUUACCUGUGUGUUUGUUUUGUGUUUUCUAGGAGUGUAAGUAAUUCCAGCAGAAGCCAUCAGCAUCUUCAGGACUCAGCUGUGUGUCCACGAGCUGUCUGUGUAUACACUAAUAUUCAAACAUGGAGACCCCUGACCUGGACACAGAUGAUGUGACUCCACCCUCAAAAAACCAUAAACUCAAGAGAAAGAGAUCAGACUCACCAGAACCCAGCUGUGUCUCUAUGAAGAGUGAUGCGCCUAUGGAUUUUCCUCUGACCUUUAGAAACAGAGACUCCUCGUCUGCACACAGUCAACGACAGAGAGAGAGAUCAGACUCACCAGAUCCCAGCUGUGUCUCCAUGAAGAGUGAUAUGUCUAUGGAUUCUCCACAGAACUUCAGAAAUAGAGACUCCUCAUCUGUACACAGUGUUCUACAGAAGUCAGGAAACAGAAGAGAAAAGAACAUCAUCACAAUUACAGGUCAUGACCCAGAACCUGCUGCUGUAAAUGAAUUCCAGAAAAAGUUCAAAUUAAAUCUGAUGAAGAAAUUUCAGUGUUUAAAUGGAGUGAUGAUAAACCUGGAAAACCGAACACUCCUGAAUGAGAUCUACACAGAGCUGUACAUCACAGAGGGAGACAGUGGAGAUGUCAAUAAAGAACAUGAGGUGAGACAGAUCGAGGCAGCAUCCAGGAGAACAACAACAGAGGAAACACCAAUCAAAUGCAAUGACAUCUUUAAGCCGUUAUCUGAUCAAGACAAACCCAUCAGAACUGUGCUGACAAAGGGAGUUGCUGGCAUCGGAAAAACAGUCUCUGUGCAGAAGUUCAUUCUGGACUGGGCUGAAGGGAAAGCAAAUCAGGAUGUCCACCUCAUUUUUCCACUUCCUUUCAGAGAGCUGAAUUUGAUGAAGGACCAGAAACUGAGUCUGAUGGAUCUCCUUCAUGUCUGUUUUAAGGAGACAAAAGAAACAGAAAUGUCCAGUUUGGAAAAGGUUCUGUUCAUUUUUGAUGGAUUGGACGAGAGUCGUUUUCCUCUGGAUUUCCAGAACACAGAGAGAGUGUGUGAUGUAACUGAAUCAGCAUCAGUGCAUGUGCUGCUGAUAAACCUGAUCAAAGGGAAUCUGCUUCCCUCUGCUCUCAUCUGGAUCACCUCCCGACCAGCAGCAGCUGAUCAAAUCCCCUCUGAGUGUGUCCAUCGAGUCACAGAGGUACGAGGGUUCAAUGACCCACAGAAGGAGGAUUACUUCAGGAAGAGGAUCAGUGAUCAGAGCCUGGCCAGUAACAUCAUCACACACCUGAAGUCAUUAAGAAGCCUCUACAUCAUGUGCCACAUCCCAGUCUUCUGCUGGAUUUCAGCCACUGUUCUAGAGAGAAUGUUGGAUGAAGCAGAGAAUGGAGAGAUCCCCAAGACUCUGACUCAAAUGUACACACAUUUCCUCAUCAUUCAGACAAACAUCAUAAGAGAAAAGUACUCAAAGAAGCAGGGGAGUGAUGAAGAAAUGCUUCUCGAACUGGGACGACUGGCUUUUCAGCAGCUGAAGAAAGGCAACCUGAUCUUCUAUGAGGAAGACCUGAGAGGGUGUGGCAUUGAUGUGAGAGAAGCAGCAGUGUACUCAGGUGUGUGUACGCAGAUCUUCAGAGAAGAGUUUGGACUUCCCCAGAGUAAAGUGUACUGCUUUGUUCAUCUGAGCAUUCAGGAGCAUCUCGCAGCUCUAUAUGUGCACCUGACAUUCAUGAUGGAAAAGAGAAAUGUUCUUAAACAGAGUGAGUUUUCUGAACCAGAGAUUUUAUCCGACGAAGAGCAUCAAUCUGAGAUGUCCUCUGACCAGUUGACUGAAGAAAUUACAAUCUCAGAUGUCCACAAGAGUGCUGUACAUCAGGCCAUAAAGAGUCAGACUGGACAUCUGGAUCUUUUCCUCCGCUUUCUUCUGGGUCUCUCACUGGAGUCCAAUCAGAAACUCUUACAUACCUUAGUAACACAUACAGGAAGUAGCUCCCAGACAGGACAGAGCAACACAGUACAGUACAUUAAGAUGAAGAUCAAUAGAGAUCUUCCUACAGAAAAAUCCAUCAAUCUGUUCCACUGUCUGAAUGAACUGGGGGACAAUUCUCUAGUGGAGGAAAUCCAACACUACCUGAAAUCUGGAAAACAAAGUGAACUCUCUUCUUCACAGUGGUCUGCUCUGGUGUUUGUCUUAUUGACAUCAGCAGAGGAACUGGAGGAAUUUGACCUGAGUAAAUAUAUCUCUACAGAUAAAAUAAGAGAUGAGAUUCUUGUGAAGGUGAUGCCUUUGAUUGCAGUAUCCAGAAAAGCAAUUAUCCGGUGUGAUACAAUUCAAGAACGUGGUUGGUCAGCUCUGGCCUCAGUGCUCAGCUCAGAAACCUCCAAUCUGAGAGAACUGCAUCUGACUGUGGAUACACUGGAUCUGACUUGGAGUAAACUAGGAGACUCAGGAGUGAAGCGUCUCUCUGCUGUACUGGAGAAUCCUCAGUGUAAAGUAAAAAAUCUGAAGUUGUGUGAUUGUGAUAUCUCAGAUGAAAGCUGUGCUGCUCUGGCUUCAGCUCUGAGAUCAAACCCCUCACACCUGAGAGAACUGGAUAUGUCUAGGAAUAAACUAGGAGACUCAGGAGUGAAGUGUCUCUCUGCUGGACUGGAGAAUCCUCACUGUAAAUUGGAGAUACUGAUGUUGCGGUGUUGUGGUGUCUUAGAUGAAGGCUGUGCUGCUCUAGCUUCAGCUCUGAGAUCAAACCACUCUCACCUGAGCGAACUGGAUCUGUCUGAGAAUAAACUAGGAGACUCAGGAGUGAAGUGUCUCUCUGCUGGACUGGAGAAUCUUCACUGUAAUCUGGAGAUACUGAAGUUGUGGUGUUGUGGUGUCUCAGAUGAAGGCUGUGCUGCUCUGGCUUCAGCUCUGAGAUCAAACCCCUCACACCUGAGAAAACUGGAUCUGUCUUCGAAUAAUCUAGCAGACUCGGGAGUGAAGUGUCUCUCUGCUGGACUGGAGAAUCCUCACUGUAAACUGGAGAUACUGAAGUUGUGGUGUUGUGGAGUCUCAGAUGAAGGCUGUGCUGCUCUAGCUUCAGCUCUGAGAUCAAACCCCUCACACCUGAGAGAACUGGAUCUGACUGGGAAUAAUCUAGGAGACUCAGGAGUGAAGUGUUUCUCUGCAGGACUGGAGAAUCCUCACUGUAAACUGGAGAUACUGAAGUUGCAGUUUUGUGGUGUCUCAGAUGAAGGCUGUGCUGCUCUAGCUUCAGCUCUGAGAUCAAACCCCUCACACCUGAGAGCACUGGAUCUGUCUUCAAAUAAUCUAGGAGACUCAGGAGUGAAGUGUCUCUCUGCUGGACUGGAGAAUCCUCACUGUAAUCUGGAGAUACUGAAGUUGCAGUGUUGUGGAGUCUCAGAUGAAGGUUGUGCUGCUCUGGCUUCAGCUCUGCGAUCAAACCCCUCACACCUGAGAGAACUGGAUCUGACUCUGAAUAAACUAGGAGACUCAGGAGUGAAGUGUCUCUCUGCUGGACUGGAGAAUCCUCACUGUAAACUGGAGAUACUGAAGUUGCAGUAUUGUGGUGUCGCAGAUGAAGGCUGUUCUGCUCUGGCUUUAGCUCUGAGAUCAACCCCCUCACACCUGAGAGAACUGGAUCUGUCUGAGAAUAAACUAGGAGACUCAGGAGUGAAGUGUCUCUCUGCUGGACUGGAGAAUCCUCAGUGUAAACUGGAGACACUGAAGUUGUGUGAUUGUGAUAUCUCAGAUGAAAGCUGUGCUGCUCUGGCUUCAGCUCUGAGAUCAAACCCCUCACACCUGAGAGAACUGGAUCUGUUUAGGAAUAAACUCGGAGACUCAGGAGUGAAGUGUCUCUCUGCUGGACUGGAGAAUCCUCAAUGUAAACUGGAGAUACUGAAGUUGUGGGGUUGUGGUAUCUCAGAUGAAGGCUGUGCUGCUCUGGCUUCAGCUCUGAGAUCAAACCCCUCACACCUGAGAAAACUGGAUCUGUCUAAGAAUAAACUAGGAGACUUAGGAGUGAAGUGUCUCUCUGCUGGACUGGAGAAUCCUCACUGUAAACUGGAGAUACUGGGGUUGUGGGAUUGUGGUGUCUCAGAUGAAGGCUGUACUGCUCUGACUUCAGCUCUGAGAUCAAACCCCUCACACCUGAGAGAACUGGAUCUGUCUUAUAAUAAACUCGGAGACUCAGGAGUGAAGUGUCUCUCUGCUGUCCUGGAGAAUCCUCACUGUAAACUGGAGAUACUGAAGUUGUGUGAUUGUGAUAUCUCAGAUGAAGGCUGUGCUGCUCUGGCUUCAGCUCUGAGAUCAAACCCCUCACACCUGAGAGAACUGGAUCUGUCUGAGAAUAAUCUAGGAGACUCAGGAGUGAAGUGUCUCUCUGCUGGACUGGAGAAUCCUCACUGUAAACUGGAGAUACUGAAGUUGUGGGAUUGUGGUGUCUCAUAUGAAGACUGUGCUGCUCUGACUUCAGCUCUGAGAUCAAACCACUUACACCUGAGAGAACUGGAUCUGUUUAGGAAUAAUUUAGGAGACUCAGGAGUGAAGUGUCUCUCUGCUGGACUGGAGAAUCCUCACUGUAAACUGGAGAUACUGAAGAUGUGGGGUUGUGGUGUCUUAGAUGAAGGCUGUGCUGCUCUGGCUUCAGCUCUGAGAUCAAACCCCUCACACCUGAGAGAACUGAAUCUGACUCUGAAUAAACUAGGAGACUCAGGAGUGAAGUGUCUCUCUGCUGGACUGGAGAAUCCUCACUGUAAACUGGAGAUACUGAAGUUGGAGUGUUGUCGUGUCUCAGAUGAAGGCUGUACUGCUCUGACUUCAGCUCUGAGAUCAAACCCCUCACACCUGAGAGCACUGGAUCUGUCUCAGAAUAAACUAGGAGACUCAGGAGUGAAGUGUCUCUCUGCUGGACUGGAGAAUCCUCACUGUAAACUGGAGAUACUGAAGUUGUGGAAUUGUGAUAUCUCAGAUGAAGGCUGUACUGCUCUGGCUUCAGCUCUGAGAUCAAACCCCUCACACCUGAGAGAACUGGAUAUGUCUAGGAAUAAACUAGGAGACUCAGGAGUGAAGUGUCUCUCUGCUGGACUGGAGAAUCCUCUCUGUAAACUGGAGAUACUGAAGUUGUGUGAUUGUGAUAUCUCGGAUGAAGGCUGUGCUACUCUGGUUUCAGCUCUGAGAUCAAACCCCUCACACCUGAGAGAACUGAAUCUGACUGUGAAUAAACUAGGAGACUCAGGAGUGAAGUGUCUCUCUGCUGUACUGGAGAAUCCUCACUGUAAACUGGAGAUACUGAAGUUGUAUAAUUGUGAUAUCACAGAUGAAGGCUGUGCUGCUCUGGCUUCAGCUCUGAGAUCAAACCCCUCACACCUGAGAGAACUGGAUCUGACUCUGAAUAAACUUGGAGAUUCAGGAGUGAAGUGUCUCUCUGCUGUACUGGAGAAUCCUCACUGUAAACUGGAGAUACUGAAGCUUGGGAUACGCCAGGCUGCAGAAAUAUACCUGGCAGUGACAGAGGAACUCCAGCGGGUAGCUCCCCACUCCCGCUGUCUCCGGAAGGAGCUCGGUGGCGUACCUUUGAAGAAACUGCACGGCCAUGGUGAAUGGCGCGGUAUUCUGUUACGAUAUGAGACUGGAACAGGAAGUUGUAUAGGUGUGAUAUCUCAGAUGAAGGCUGUGCUGCUCUGGCUUCAGCUCUGAGAUCAAACCCCUCACACCUGAGAGAACUGGAUCUGACUGAGAAUAAACUAGGAGACUCAGGAAUGAAGUGUCUCGCUGCUCUGAAGAAUGAUGGACAUUACAAACUACAGACACUGAGUUUUUCUAGACUACACACAUCUCUGCACUGAGUAGAACGACCUGUGACCCCUGGACAAAAUUUCCUCAAUCCCAAUUAAAACCUGAGGGAUUAUUUGGAACCGCAGGUGAAAAACCACACGAACUCCAGCUGGACCCAGUCAGUGGAAGACGGAGCUGAAAUGGACAGGAACAGUUUCAUGGCAUUGGUGGGAUUCUCACCUGACCGGAUUAGCAUCUGAGGAGUUUAUGUGAAGAAGCCCCUGGGAGACUCACUGCAAGUCACAUUUAUCACUCUGUCCUUUAGUUGGUAUUUAAUAUAGUGUACAUUUUUUGGUUCCAGGAUCAGAUCUAAACUGUUAUUUAUUUUCUCUGAUAUCUGAUCCCCAUUUCUUUGCUAGUAUCAGCUGAUCAUACCCGGUAUGGGAUCAGUGCCAUCUCUAUUACUUAAGUAUGCACUACUUGCAAUACUUUGCAUAAUUGAGUCAGUCAAAUACAGUACAUUUUGAAGAAGUGAAUAUGUUGUAUCUUUGUAUUAGACUACAAGUUGGGAAGAAUACAGUAGACACUCGGAGGUAAAGUUAACUUGUGUAUUAAAACCAGAGCAAGAGAGAGAAACAUAUCAAUGCGCAUGGCUAAUUACCAAUCAGAAAUCAAUGCUAAAGGGAGUGAUUCCACUUAAAGAAAUAGAGCCACUCUAAACACUACAGUCUUUAGUUUGCUGGAACAACCCCAGAUGGAAAAUGAUGGAAAGUGGGGAACGGACACAGAGUUUAUGUUGAACUUCAGCUUAUAAACCACAAUAAUGCCUCCGCCUCUGCCAGAUAACCUCGGGAGAGCUAAUACUCCAAAUCCCGCUGGAGUGAUCUGGUUAAACAGGAUCAUUUUCUUUAUGCCAGGUUUCAGUUACGAACAACAAGUCCAGCUUUUUAUCUGUAAGAAAAUCCGAUAAAAGCAGCGCCUUGUUAUUCACAGACUGCGCAUUGAAUAUAAUUUUUACGUAGCCACAUACAAAGAAAUGCUGUGAAGCAAAGAUGCCUUCAAAAAUAAUAAAACUACAUGUUUCUACAUUUAAAAAAAUACUAUAAAGAGCAGUAAAUAGUAAUAAAUUAAACAAAGUCAGUAUUUGGUGUGACGACCCUUUGCCUUGGGGGAAAAAAAGUAUUCUCAGGAACACUUGUUUAGUUUUAUAAUGAAAUUUGCUGAUAAGUUUUACUGAGCAUCUUGGAGAAUCUGCUGCAGUUCCUCUGACUGUCGCACUCAUGCCUCUUUUUUUUUUUCCGCUAAUGUAGAAGUCAUAAAAUCUAUAACAAAAUACAGUUUAUACAUAUAUGCAUAUAUACACUGUACAGCGCUGUGAAAAGGUCAUCAAUAAUUAUUCAGCGGUGAAAAUGAUUAUAAAUGUACAGUACAUUAAUUCCAGUUUCAGUCAAACAGCCACACAUGCAGGUCAAUAUUAAAAAUAAAAUAUUUAUGAUUUCAUACUCUCUUAACUGUUCAGUAGUCUGUGAUUUAUGAUCAGUAACAAUAAUGAUGGAAAAUUAUAUUCAACAGAAAGUCACACAGGUCUUCAACAUUAAGAACAGGAUGAAUUUAUUCCAACAGGAAGAUCUUGUUUUAAUGCCCCAUACUGACACAUGAUGAUGAUGAUGAUGAUGAUGAAUGAUUUGCUGUGAUGUAAUUAACAGUGUAUAUAACACUCCCUGUUAUAACACUGGUGUUACUAAACUUCUGAACAAGUCUGAUUUAAUUUUUAAAUCAGUCAAAAAGAUGUCAACAAGACGUCGUGUGUGUGUGUGUGUGUGUGUGUGUGUGUGUGUGUGUGUGUGUCUGUGUGUCUGUGUGUCUUUUAAAAGCUGGGUAUUCUGGGUAUAAACAGAUUCAGAAAACACAUGAACACUUAAUGUCAUAUAUAAUAUGCAAAUACAUAUUAAAUGUAUAUAAAAAUAAAUAUGAUAAGAAUG